UACCUUUAUUCUGCUUGCAAUUAGUACAAGCCCCACCCCCUGUCUUGUCAGCUAGCUAAUAAACACAGCUAGCUCUGUACAGCUGCCCCUGACUAGACUAUGGACUACUGGUACUGUUUUUGCUUUCUCAUACUGGUUCACACAUCCAGUCAGCAACCACACACAAAUCUGCCCUCUGUGGAUCGAAGGAUUUAUGAGCCGAUUAAUGGUACAGCAAGUUGCUUUAGACUCACCAAUGCGACGCAUCAGAUAGGAUGCUCAGCAUCCUACUUUGGUCAGAGAGGCUCUUUGGAGUAUGUCUCCUCAGGCUGUAACUUUAGCCGUGUGCUAACCAGUGGACCCACUCCUCCCUACAUUGUAUUGCUGGAACAGGACUGCUUUGUCUCGGAAAACAUCCGCCGCCUCAUGGAGUCCUCACCUAGAGUAAUCGGCAUUAUCACACGAGCUGAAAACGCUACAACUACCAAAGACAAUUUUUCCCCUGAGAGGAGUUGUCCAAAUGAUGGGUUUGGUGAGGGCUCCUGCUCACGUGCUUGGAACCCCUAUGCUAAUCAUCUUUUGUUCCAAGAUUUUGGGGACUUCCCCGUCAUCACUCUCCCUGAUGACCAGUUUCAAGUCAUGCUAGAGUGUUACGAGACUCACAACGCUAAUGUAACUACUGGUUCAUUUGACGAGUACCCUCUCUGUUUUGCUGAACUCACGGCAGACAUGUACAAUGCCAUAAACACGCCCACUUGCAAGAGGAGAGAGAAUCUGCCUGUCAACUAUCUCGGUGGAGUCAGCUUCUGUCAGAACCUCGGCGAUUACAAUGUCUGGGGAAGCCCCUUUAAUCUCGCAGACUCUGAUGAGAGUGAUGCAGUCAUCAUGCUGGCAGCCAAGAUGGACAGUGUGUCCUUAAUGCUGACUAACUACUCCAUAGGUGCUCAGGGCGAGGUAGCUGGAAUAGUGACACUCCUGGCUGUCAUAGAGCAGAUUGGAAGACUCAGGAAGUCAAACAUACUGAAUGGAACAGAGUCUCACAUCAUGUACACUUUCUUCAAUGGAGAGAGCUGGGACUAUAUUGGGUCCUCCAGUAUGGUGUACGACAUGAUGCAGGGGAACUUCCCCUAUAAACCUGAUCUAGGCAAGCUGCAACCUCCUCGAGUGGAUCUCUCCAAUAUAACCGCCUUCCUUGAGCUGAGUCAGCUGGGAUUCCAAGCAGCUCAGGACAGCAACAAACUGUUCCUACAUGGAGGUCCCUAUGUUAUAGACACGAAUCUGACGGCUAGUCUGAAGGAGGAGCUGUCUAGAGAGGGCAUUAACCUCAUCAUUGCCAGUGGGAGACCUGAGGGAGAGCUGCCUCCAGCCUCCCUACAGAGAUUCCUCAGAGCUGGGAAAGAAAACUUGUCGUCAAAUUUUGAGGGCUAUGUACUGGCCGAUUUCAAUGGCGAGCUCAACAAUAAGUUUUUUGGCAGUCAAUACGAUAAUCUGGAAAAUCUGGUCAAUAAUUCGUCACUCACAUCUGUGGCAGAAAAGUUAGCUCAAAUUGCAACAGCAGUCACAAAGACUGUGCUGAAAGCAGCUGGCCCGCUAUGCAACAAUGCCAGCUGUGUGGAGAGUGUGUCAGUCCAGAGCAGCCUAGUUGAAGAGCUCCUCACCUGUUUCCUUGUCAACUCAUCCUGCUCUCUGUUCAGUGGUGUCACCAACCAGCCUUACUCCAACACACUAGUCUCUGGAGCACCUCUGAAUCGCUAUGUCUCAGUUGUUUCCGGAGGAGAUAGCCCGAUUCUUUCCAAAGGCUACACGUCAGUUAUCUUCCAACUGGUAGCUAAGUACACUGCCUUCAACGACACUAUACUGUCAUGUUUGGAUUGCUGGAGUACCGUGAACAGCACAGACCAGGUAACCAACAGAACAGCUGUGCCCAUCAAUGAGACACACUGUCAUUGUCUUGAGAGCUUCACCUACAUGCACAGGGCUGAGUCUCCAGCUCUCAGGAAUGGAGAGCCUGCUAGCACGGAGUACUCCACUUGGGCAGAGAGCAGGUGGAAUGUGAUUGAGAUCAAGAUGUACCUGGUGAGCCACAGUGCUGCUGAGACAGGGGUCCUGAUAGGAGGUCUAGCUAUGACUCUUUUAACUCUACUAGUAGCCAUUCAGUGUACUAGGAGAGCUGACAAACUGUUUCAAUCACCUGUUCAAUACGAUCUUUAUCAUGUGUCCUAAGUGUGAUCCCUCACUCUCGAUUGUGCACUGUCAGUAUUUUUUUUAUCUUACUGUGUGUGCAAGAACAUUACUCGCCUAUCAACCAGA